CUCCUGGGGCACGCGGACGGUCCUGGCUCCUCCCGGUUCGCGUUCUCACCUCUCUUUCCGCCGUUUCUCGCUCGCUCGUCCGCGACGCACAUGCACUUGUACCCCGGGGCACAAGCGGGCUUUCCCCACCGACACGACGGGAACCGUCGCUGUUUUCGUGCGAGAAUCGCGCGGCGAACCAGGCGUGACGGGCCGCCGCCGCGCCGCACAUCUGAUCUAUGCGUCCGAUUUUCUUCGCUCGGGCCAGCCCCGCUUCUUCGCCGUUGACUGUCUGGGUUAAUUGACUCUGUUCCCGCUGUUCCCUUCGAGAUUACGUUGCCACCUGUGCGACGUAGACGCGGGGGAGAAAAUCCAGUUAACGAGGAUCAAGCGACGUCGUCGGGGCGAUCGGCAUCCACCCGAUCGCGAGGUUGCGGUUAGCGACUGCUCCGCUAACACGCCUAUCAUAUAUAUUCACAACGUAUACUUGCCAUAGAUAGUAAAUUAAUCUAAUGAUUGAUCUAGGUCUGUCUGAUCGGCGACUAAAUCGUACGACCCAAGUCUCGGAGGAGAAUUUUACCAUGCCGGAUUUUACGAGCGAUAUCUCUCGUCGAGGUUACUUUUCGACGCGGAAAGAGAUUCGUCCUUCGACGAUCGCAAAGGAGCACUCUUGCACAGCAUCAGCGGGGAUUGAAGCUCGCGACGGUGCCGGUCUCGCUCUCGCGAUCGCUAUCGUUCUACCUGACGAAGACGACGAGAAGGUGGCCGGUCGGCGCUAAUCAGCGUCGGUGUAACCGGUCCUGACUGACUUUUCGCGCGCCGGUCGGUUCCUCCUCGGCAACACCUGCUCCUCUUGCGAGCGAGGCACGCGGGAACGAAACGUCUCGAGAGACACGCUCUCGGCCGCCGCAAGCGGAUCACCGGAGACCUGUCCGCGCACGAUCGGGCACGUUUUACGGUGAAGGCUUCGACAGACUUCGAAUCCGAGAUGAUCGUCGUCGAGAGAUCGCGGAGUCGGUUUUUGUCCCGAAAACUUUCACGCGUAUAAUCGCGAGUUGCGCUUAAAGAUCCGAUCUCGAAAGGUCGAUUCUGUCAGAUCGUUCACUGGCAUCUUUCUCGAAUUUCGCAGCGAAUAGAAUGUCGAGCGAUGUUACGAGAAUAAUGUUCAAUAAUAUUUUCAGUGAUAUCGACCGCAUCAUUUUUUUUUUUAAGAUUUAAUUUCACGGUGAAACGGGGAAUAUCAAAUUGGUGCGGAAAAGUUUGUCGUUUUUCUUUCGUCGAACCGUGUACUAAAAUAUCUGUGGAAAACAAAAUAAAUAAGAUAAAAAUAAAGUUGGAGCUUUUUGAAAGGGGGAGUGAAAAACUUUCUAUCUAGAGGGGAAAAACGUAUACACGGAAAGUGUAUCAAAUUUCUUCAAUUUUGCUGAAAUUUUGUUCCGACAAACUUGGAGAUCAAUUUGGUGUAACAAAUAAAUUUUAUACAUCUCGAAUUUCGUAAAUGCUCCAGAUUAAAAGUACAGUGACGAUCAGUGAUGCGCCAAUGGAUGAGUAAUGAAUCAGUAAUUUAACGCUAUCGCGGACGUCAGGAUUCUCUAAAUUUAGCAUUGCGUGGUGGUUUCGAACCCAGGAGGCUCGCGCGGCAUAGGUGAAAUUCCCGCGCUGCUUUCACGAUUUUCCCCGCGCGAUUUCCUCGUGCGAGACGUUCGUCCGGGUGUAAAGGGUUUCCCUGACGUCGCGACGUCUGUUGACCUCCCGGGAAUUAUCGGCGCGGCACAAAUAUUGGCGGAUUGCAUGAAAAUAGAUCGUGCGUCAGGAUGCCGGCCGUGCGCACGUUUUCGCACACGCGGCGAAAACCAAAUUAACCAUCCACUUUCAUUAUUCUCGAAGGCAGAGAAGCCGGGGGUUCUUCGUCGUUUCAUAUGCCCGUCUGGCAACGUCUUGACACGAGGAGGAUUUGCGCAACUUGUACGAUCGCGGAUUGUGAAUGAGACGUCGUAAUUUCACGCGGUAACUUCGGGCUAACGCUUUUUAGCAGUAGCCAUGUCGUUUCGACAGGUCUUCUGAUGCUGUUUCUUGCACAAUAGCACGAUUACAAUGUACAUGCUGUACAAAUUCGCGGAUAUUUUUUUCUCGAGAUAAAUUGAGUUUAUCAAAGUCAGCACAACUUGGGUUGCGGUGUAAAGAACUUGGAAGCUUAUGGUGGGAAUUGAUUAUGCAUUACGCUUCACAUACGAAUGAUUGUUGAUUUAGAGUCAUAACAAAAAAUUAUAUAUGAAACGGUCGGAUGGCAAGUUACGUGUUUGCUUCACGAUAGGCUGUUUUUUUUUCUCGAAGAUACCUUCUUCGUAUUAGCAUUGUAAGAAAACGAUAAGUCCACGUUUUACAGUUGAGUAACGCUGUUAUCGGCGCGGCCGAGAUAAGAGAUAACGGCGUCGCGCGCUGUCUUCUUGGUCAGUUCUACUUCUCAAAUUCGAGGAGCUUGUCGCGCGCUGCUCCUCGGGUGCGAGCGGAGACUUUUUACAGUUAGCCCGCCCGCGUGACAGCGAUAGUGUGCGAAAUCGCGGAAAUAUAUAUGUCGCGCGGACGUGAUAUCGUAGAUUUUCCACCGCAACAGGUGGCUGACGUUGACCUGCGGCCGCGCGCCCUGGAGAUUACCGCUCCGAUGACAGUGAUUCAGCAGUGAUUAAUCGCGGUGGAACCUCGUGUGUGUGUGUUUGUUGCUCAGUGCGAAUCUUAAUGACGAGACGUUAAAACGUUUGCCUGCCGAUAUAUUAGGCUCGCACGACAAAACGUAAUACGCUAAGACUAUAGGAGACGAGACUGUCCGGUGCGAGGCCGUUUCAAGGAUGUCGUUUAUCGCAGUGGACAGAAAGAAGAGGAGAUCGAUUUCGUGCAUCUCACUAACCAAAAUGACCGGCUCUAAAUGGACUUGCGUGGGCGAUUACAUCAGGCACCCAGUUCUUUACGAACUGUCGAGCAAGUAUGGAGUGGCCGGCAGUGACCAGGUGCCCUUGCCGGCUCGUCUCGACGUGCUGCGAGAGCACAUACGCCGAGAAAUACGCAAGGAGCUGAAGAUAAAGGCCGGUGCGGAGAAGUUGAGGGAGGUCGCGACCGAUCGCAAGUCGCUCUCGGAUGUCGCGACGAUUGUGAAGAAGGCGAACAGCAAGCUAAACGAGCUCCAGGCGGAGCUCCAGCAGCUCGAGAGUCAAAUUAUACUGACGCAGGGCCAACCUCAAUCGCCGCAGCAGAAUCACUCCAAUGGUCAAGACACGCCUCUAUCACCGAUGGGGCCUUCGUCGCCGAGUCAGGAAGGUCUAUUCACGGAUCUUCGGCUUCUGUCCUUGGAGAAGCAGCUCAAUAUCGAACUGAAGGUCAAGCAGGGUGCUGAAAACAUGAUACAGAGUUUAACGAGUGGCCAUCGCGACAAAAAACUGCUACAGGAGGCUCAACAAAUGCUAGAUGAUUCCCGCGCCAAAAUCGAGUUCCUACGUAUGCGGAUUAUGAAGGUGCGCCAGGCACGGCAGCAGCAACAACGAGGCGAUGCGCCACCACCGAACGGCGAAACAGCUAGCAACAAAGACAGGUACGAGCCUAGCUUGGAGCUCGCGUUGGAGGAAAGGGUGGAAGAGCUGCGGCAUCGAUUACGAAUAGAGGCAGCUGUCGUGGAAGGUGCCAAGAACGUGAUACGUCUUCUACAAAGUGCCAAAGUCGCUGAUAAGAAGGCCUUAACCGAGGCUCAAGCAAGCCUCGCGGAAUCCAGUAGAAAAUUGGACUUACUCAGAUUGUCCCUUGAGCUCAGAAGACAAGAGCUACCUCCCGACAGCGGUACUGCAGCUCAGUUAAAGAGAGAAUUAGCUAGCGUACAGUCGGCUAGUCCAGUUCCUGUUACGUAUACAUCAUUACAACCGUUUCGCGGUCCUUUGGAAGGUAAAGCCACUGUACCAGCUUCAGUAUCGAGAUGCGCCGCUGUUACAGGACAAUUAGAGGUAAGAUUAAUGGGUUGUCAAGACUUAGCAGAAGAAGUGCCUGGCCGUACGAGGAGGGAACAUCCUGCUAGUCCUGAUUUACGUAGCUUCGUUAAAGGUGUCACAGGGCGCAGCUCAAGCAAAUCAUAUAGCGUGAAAGACGAAACAAGCAAUGAUAUCAUGGCAGUUAUAAAAUUGGAUAAUCAAACCGUAGGACAAACUAGUUGGCGUCCAUGUUCCCAACAAGCUUGGGACCAAAGGUUUUCUAUUGAGCUUGAUAAAUCGAGAGAACUUGAAAUAGGCAUUUAUUGGAAAGAUUGGCGAUCUCUUUGUGCGGUCAAGUUUUUACGUUUAGAAGAAUUCAUUGAUGACGUUCGACACGGCAUGGCUCUACAAUUGGAACCGCAAGGCCUCUUAUUCGCAGAAAUAAAAUUCUUAAAUCCAAUGAUUUCGCGAAAGCCUAAAUUACAGCGUCAACGCAAGAUCUUUAAGCAACAAGUGAAAAAUUUCCCAAGAGCAAAUCAAAUGAACAUAAAUGUCGCGACUUGGGGUAGGUUGCUUAAACGUUCGGCGCCUUCAUUGCACAAUUCCUCCAGAAACUCUGAGAGUCCGCCGUCAGGACCACAACCGUUGCAACUUGUGUUUGAUACCUCAGUAGAAGAUAAGCCUGAAACUCCCGGCGAAGUGCCCGAUCCGGAGAAAGGAGGAUUGGGUGGCGCACGGCCUUUGAAUAUGUCAACAUCAAGUAAUAGUAGUCCAACUCUGCCACGUCCUCCGGAGCAUCCUCCCCCACCGCCACCAAUUGUGACAAAGAAACCUUCUCCGCCUGCACCUACACCACCUCCCAAAUUGGAUCAAGAGUUGCAGAGUGCAUUAAGGGAGUUUGAUUUUCUGCACAACGAGGAAAAGGGCGGGCCUCAGGGUGCAAACUUGAGGCCCCUUGUGACAGAGCCCCGCCCUGUGCUGAUUGCACCACCCUCUCCACGCACACCCUCGCCCCAACCUGUCGUCGAGUUUCCUGAGGAUGAGGUUGUAUAUGAAAUGCCAGUUAGACCUCUUCAGUAUAGAGAUAGUGCCUACGAGUCAAGAAGGCAUUCUCAGCUCACUGGUAUGACUCUGGAGAACUUUAGACUACUCUCCGUACUCGGGCGUGGACAUUUCGGCAAAGUAAUACUGUCGCAAUAUAGAAACACGGGAGAGUACUUUGCAAUUAAGGCCUUGAAGAAGGGAGAUAUUAUAGCUCGAGAUGAAGUGGAGUCAUUGCUUUCUGAGAAGAGAAUAUUCGAAGUAGCAAACACGACGCGCCAUCCUUUCCUCGUUAACUUAUUUGCGUGUUUUCAAACUGAGGCACAUGUAUGUUUUGUGAUGGAAUAUGCAGCUGGCGGUGAUCUUAUGAUGCAUAUACAUGCUGAUGUUUUUGGGGAGCCACGCGCUGUGUUCUAUUCCGCUUGUGUGGUUCUCGGAUUACAAUACUUGCACGAAAAUCGUAUUAUUUACAGAGACUUGAAAUUAGAUAAUCUGCUAUUAGAUACGGAAGGUUAUGUUAAAAUCGCAGAUUUUGGUUUAUGUAAAGAAGGUAUGGGAUUUGGCGAGCGAACAGGCACAUUCUGCGGAACUCCUGAGUUCUUAGCGCCCGAAGUGCUGACAGACACUACUUAUACGCGAGCUGUAGAUUGGUGGGGUCUUGGAGUCUUAAUAUUUGAAAUGCUGGUUGGAGAGUCCCCUUUCCCGGGUGAUGACGAAGAAGAAGUGUUUGAUUCCAUUGUCAAUGACGAAGUACGAUAUCCGAGAUUCCUUUCUUUGGAAGCAAUUGCAAUUAUGAGAAGAUUACUCAGAAAGAAUCCAGAUAGGAGACUAGGUAGUAGUGAAAGAGACGCUGAAGAUGUUAAGAAACAAGCAUUUUUCAGACACAUAGCUUGGGAUGAUUUACUUUUAAGACGCGUGAAACCACCUUUUGUACCAGUAAUUCAUUCAGUGGAAGAUGUAAGUAAUUUCGAUGAAGAGUUCACAUCAGAGAAGCCACAACUAACGCCUCCAAAAGAUCCUCGGCCUCUUAGCGACCUAGAGCAGGGUCUGUUUAAGGACUUUACUUACAUGGCUGAUUGGUGCUAGCCAUAAUGAUUGAUAAAUCUCUCGAUGGGGAAAUAUCGGCAUAAUUGAUAAAAAGUUGCUUCAUACUAUGGAAUUCGCGCAGCUGUGGUAUUUACACGCGCGUUUGUUUAUCUGGGCAAUAUAUAUCAUAUGUCAUUAUACAUCAUGUAUAGAUUUUUUAUUUUAGAUACUAUAUUAAUGAUCACAGUAGGCACAUUUACAAGAGAAAUUUUUAAACCAAAGUUGUGGGGUGUACAUGAAUGCAGCUCCACAGGUCAAGAUCUAUUCGUUAGUGAGACUAAUAUCUCUACUUUCUCGAAUAUAAUCAGAUGAGUUAGGAUUAUUGGUAUUCUCUCUCUCAGAUAUCAUCUUGAAAUUAAUCGAUAACAUUUUGAAUGUUUUCGAUUUGGAGUCGAUAUAGAUAAAAACCCAUAUAAACUCUAUAUUAUUUGGGUAUUCUAGGAAAAUAUCUGCCAUUUUCGAAUGCUAAUUUCUUUGCUUUGUUGCGAUGACUACCAAGAAGCCUAAAAGAUUUUGUUGAUAUUGCGCUUUCAAUGCGGUUGAAUAUAAUUUUGGUGCUCGAUUGCUCACUCUGGCGAACGGCUUCGCUAAAAACCCCGAAAUAAGGUAUCUCUUCGUAUAGGUUGUGAGUCUCUACGGUAAGUGUGAUCCACAGUAUCCGUCAAUAAGCUGAAUUGGGGGAAUUGGAAAAAAGUUGAAAACAAAUGCUUUCUUGUCUCAUGUUGGGUUAUUCCUAGCACUCUCAGUUGCAUGACAGAGGUUUGGAAAAAAUUUCCAGCAAUAAAAUUUCUCUCUUUCUUUGGUUAUUGAUUGCCUGAGUUCUAAAGAUACAAUUUUAAACCAAAGCAUGGCAGUGGAAUAAAAAUUAGGAGACGCUUUUUGUAGUGCGACAAUAUUAAUUAAAAAUUUACUGAAAGUGAAUCCACUCACUUCAGUCUUUCUAAUGGUAUAAAUUGCCCGUUAAGAUUGACUUCUUGUAUAGACAUUCCAGUUACUGGAUCCUGGAUCGUUAUUCUGGGGAAGAACUGUCUUGUCUGAAUGCAGCUUAUGUGGUUAAUUUUAUCACCUUAGAAAUCUGUCUUUUCUGAGGUUAGCCUUUUGAUUUAACUUUGGCAGUUGUUCUUCAGACGCUACAAUUGCGUCAGAAUUUUUCUAGCUUUCUUGUUUCCUCAAAAACUACACUUCUAUGUAGCCUUCGUGGUAAGUUGGAAUGGUUUAAAAACGUACAGAACGCUAAUUACAUGGUGUUAUUUAUGGGGGAUUAUGUGAAAAUAUGUAGUAAAGUUUUCAGAAAAUAUAAUAUUCACCAACAAUUGCAUGCGCGAACUUUGUUCCAGAAACUUCUUUUAUCGAAUCUCAAAAGUUUUCCGCAAAUGUAUGAGUUGCACAUUUUUAAUAAAUAACUGGUGCAUACGAAUUUACAAUCUGUGGUUUGAUAUGAAGUAAUAUUGUAAAUGAGUUCAUAUUCUUGAAGAGUUAAAGAGUUCCGAUCAAUUCCUGUCAAGCAGAAGAGAAAACGAUGAAAUCUAUGAAUCUUUCGACAAAGAAGUUUUUUCUUCGCAUAUAAAUGAGAAUAUUUUUAGAUUAUAUUUGCAAAAGUGAUCUCCAAACACUUUCUGUCCUGUUGCUAGUAUUAAAUAUGUAUGGAUAUCCUUUUGCGUGAAGAUAUAUUAUUUUCAACAUUUCGUUAUCUAUGUACUGCUAUUAUGUAUAGUAACACAUGCAAUUACUCAAAGAUUUUAUAUAUCCUUAUAGAACUUAAAGGAUAAUCAUAAUAAUGAAAACAAUAUUAACAUUUAUUAAGAAAGCAUAAAGUAAAUCAAAAUGUAGCUAUACUUGCUCAUGCUCAUGUGAUAAAGAAUUGAAUUUGAAAUGGCGCUAUGUAUAUGCAACAAUAAUGAUCAUAUUGACAUUAACAUUCAGCGCUUUAAUUAAACUAAUCACAUAUUGUCUGUUAUGAUAAUUGGAAAUUUAAUCCAUUUAUGUAUAGCUAAUUUUGCAAGAUUAUAAUGAUGUUAGACAUACGAGCCCUAUGAUAUCACGUGAGAAGCAGCGCAUUAACAUCAUAUAUCAGAGUCCUUUAGGUUCGUUUAAUAUGUAUCCCAAUUAUGUUUCAUCGUUUAGUUAUGUACAUUUAUAUUCUAGUUUAUAAGAUACUUUUACUAGUUCAUGUGCUUCAUAUCAUGUAUGUAUUACGAGCAAAGUCCGCAUAGUGUGCAGUGUCGGCAUUGCCCGGGCAAUGUCAGCAUUGAACAAUGCGACUGGGCAAAGUAGUUUAUUAGUCGCGUUGUACAAUGCUGACAUUGCCCGGGCAAUUCCGACACUGCACACUAUGCGGACUUUGCCCGUAACAUAUAUAUAAAUAUAUAACCAAAUGUGUCGAGAGAAUAAUAAUGAAUGAUAUUUCUCUAUGUUCAAUAGCUGUUAGUGUAGUAUUGUAUGAUCAAUUUUAAUUAACUUUACAACAUAUUAUCAUAAGACAUGUUUCACGUUUUACUUCGAACAUACUUGAAUACAUUUUUUAAGAUUCGGUUUUAAUUUUGCAGAGAAUGAUCUGAAAGCUGUGUAAUAUUGGAGUAGCUGUUAGAUUUUACUUAUGAAAAGCUUUUAAAUUAAUUUUUCUUAAUUAUUGCGGAACAUUUCUUUCUUUACGGAUGCUACUACCUAUAUAUAUUGUAACUUUAGUAUUUAAUAAUUAAUCCUUUAUAGGAUUUCGAUUGUUCUUAGAACUCACACAUACACAAUCUAAAUGUAGUCCAUGGUACACUUCACCCAUCUCUUAAAAGGUGCCUACGAUAAUCGAACAACUUUUGAUAUAUAAUAUGCAAUAGAACUAGACAAUUUUCUGGCUAUUAGUAAGAAACGAAAUAAUCCGAUAUUGUAUAUAAUCUUUUUGACCUGUCAUUUAUCUCUAUAUGUACUACGUCUUAGAAUUGAAAUUGAAGAUUGAAUUAUGGACUUUAUGACGGUGCAAAUGAGAAAGGAUAUUUCAAAUAGAGCUUGGUAAGAUUUGUGUUAGUUGAUUAUGAUACAGUUCAUUUAAUUUUAUUUCAAAUUCGUAAAACAAUUGUAAAACAAUUAAUCACAUUGUAAAACAAUUAAACUACAGUUAAAUCGUUUUGAUGAUUGUAAAUAUUGAUUGCUGAAAUCUUAUUACAUCAGUGAGAUCUACCAAGUUUUAUUUGCAUUGACCUUUUAACAGGGCGUAAAUAUGUAAUGACCAGAAUUACUUGUGAAACUUUAAUAUCGAACAUUAUUAUCAUAAAAAAUUAACUGUGUCAUUAGUGAUAGAUUCGAGUAUCUCGAGAUCUAGUUGCCUUACUGCAAUUAUAAAUUGAUAUGUAUAUAACCAUUUUGGUAUCUAUUUUAUAUAUAAUUUUUAUACACGCAGAAUGGUUCAGAUCUGGUAGAAAAAUAUUUUAGGUGUUUCUAAAAUUUUUUUCGGAUCUUGAACAUAAUAUACAGCAGUGGAAGAUAAUUUAAAAGAUGCGGAUAAUUUUUAUAUGCCUGUUUUCUAUUCUUGUAUUCUAUUGUAUAUAAAUUUUAAAAUCUGGUCUUUUUAUAUGGUAUUAUACGGCUUUGAAAUAAAGAAUACAAAAUUCAUGAAAAUUUACAUGAUGACACAUUUAGUAAUAAAAACAGGCAAAGAAAAAUAUGGCAUAUAUACAUACGAAAUAAUUUGUAAAGCAAUAUGGCAAUUUGAAAUAGAUCUUGCGCGAGGGGGAGACCUAAGUGUUUCAUUAAUAACAUUACGUUUCGCAAAAUACAACAUUAUUCUAGUUUCUAGAUCUCCAUUGACACGUGUUUAUUAUUUUUAUAUCUUACAUAGCAGAAAAAAGCUAUACAGUAUCAUUCUUUUUAUGCUACUUUCAACUGCCUACAAUAUUUAAAAACUUUAUAAACGAUUUUGAAUGAAAAAAAAAUUAUUUUUUACGUCAAAUAAUACCGUUUUGUAUUUUAUGUUUUACAACGUACGUAUAACUUGAUACAUAUUAUAAGAUGGCAUCGUGUGUGAACAAAUUACUUUUACCACUGAUAUUGCACGCAGCUCUUCAUAGAAAAAUUAAAUUAUUUAAUGGUUUUGUGGAAUACAUGGUCCAAAAUGCGAUAAUUAAAAAAAUUUAUGUACAUAUAAACAUCUUAUAGUGUUUUGUAGAUAGAUCUACUCUCUCAUAAAGAUUUUUUUAUUAGAUUAUUAUUUCGUUACAUGUAUUUUUUAUAACAGAUAAUUACAUAGCAAUUACUAGAUAUAAGUUUGGUUAAAAUGUUCGCUAUAUUUAUCAUUAGUUUUAUUAUAAUAAGGAAAUUUAUGUGCCUCGUAUUUUGUAGUGUCUACUAAUAAUACAUGGCUAGAGAUGAAGAUUUUUAAAAAUUAAUUUAUUUAAUUCAUAUAUAUUUGCAGUGGCAGCUUAUUACAUAUCACUUUAAACAAUUACGCAAUCCUUAGAGGUAUUCUCAAAAUCCGCAUUAUAUGUGAAUUACUUUAAAAAAUAAAUAUUAAAAAUAUA